AACUCCUUCCCUCUGAUGCCGACUGGAUGCAGAGCGGGGGAUCUCCAGCAGCUUCCUUAGUCUUUCCUCCCUCCCUUCCUCCUCCGCCUCCUCCUCCUCCUUCAACAUCCGGAGCUUCUCCUCCUCUGCCUCCUCGUUUCUCCAGCUCCUCACCACCAAGAUGUGGCACUCGGUGGCUCUGGUCCUCUCUGGAUUCUCUGCUUUGAUUCACGUGUCGUUGCAGGGUCCUCACCAGAGGAACCUGCUAAAGAACCUCCUGAAGGACUACAACCGGAUGGAGCGGCCGGUGGGCAACGACUCCCACCCGCUCACCGUGGUCUUCUCCCUCAGCAUGGUACAGAUCAUGGACGUGGAUGAGAAGAACCAGGUUCUCACCACUAACAUGUGGCUCCGGAUGAGUUGGUUCGACCACUAUCUCCAGUGGAACCAGAGCGAACAUCCCGGGGUGAAAAACCUCCGCUUCACCACAGACCAGAUCUGGACCCCAGACAUCCUGCUGUACAACAGUGCAGAUGACGACUUUGACUCCACCUUCAAGACCAAUGUUCUGGUGAACUCCAGCGGCUUCGCCGAGUAUCUGCCUCCAGGAAUCUUUAUGAGCACCUGCAACGUGGACGUUCGCUGGUUCCCUUUUGACAUCCAGAAGUGUGAGCUGAAGUUCGGCUCAUGGACGUAUGACGGCUGGUUGCUGGACCUCCAGAUGAACGAUGCUGACAUCUCAGGCUACAUGCCCAAUGGAGAGUGGGACUUGAUUGGAGUUCCCGGCACCAGAAGCGAGGCCUUCUAUGAUUGUUGUAAGGAGCCUUACCCGGAUGUGACGUUUAUUGUGACAAUACGCCGACGGACGCUCUACUACGCCCUGAACCUGCUCAUUCCCUGUGUGUUGCUGUCUUCGAUGACCCUGCUCAUCUUUGUGCUGCCAGCUGACUCUGGGGAGAAGAUCUCACUGGGCAUCACUGUCUUGCUGUCCCUGACGGUGUUCAUGUUGCUGGUUGCAGAGAUCAUGCCGGCCACAUCUGACUCCGUCCCUCUCAUCGGUCAGUACUUUGCCAGUAUAAUGGUCAUCGUUGGGAUGUCAGUCAUUGCCACAGUGGUGGUACUGCAGUAUCAUCACCACGAUCCGAAUGGAGGAAACAUGCCGAAAUGGGUGCAGCUCGUCUUGCUGCAGUGGGUCGCGUGGUUCUUGCGUAUGAAGCGACCGGGCGAGAACGACGACCCGGAGCGGCCCCCGUGUGCCCCCCACUUGCGGCGAUGCUCUUCGAGCUCCCAGAGCGGGAGCAUCCCAAAUCCACCGGACCCCACCCUCCAUCCACUGCACCCACAGAACCUGGCUCCUCUCCAUGCCGGGCAUCCUUACCUCCACACCCAAUCGAGCGCGAACAACAACAGGAACCUUCUUUACAUGGGCUUCCAGAGCAUGGAGGACCCUUCAAUGCUCUCAGAGCCUCUCCAGAGAAAUAACAUCUCCACAGGGCCUCCGCGGGUACCAGGUAGCCCGCCUCCUCACCUCCCAUCUCAGUUCUGCAGCUCCUCACCACCUCCCAUCCCCAAUAUGGAUAAUGUCGGCUGCCCCAGCACCAUCUCCAGUGGUGGGGGCUUUGGAGGAGGACCCGGAGGGCUUGGCGGGUGCUCGACUGCAGGGAUAGGAGACCCCCAGCUACAGGCCAUCUUGGAGGAGGUGCGUUACAUGGCAGACCGUUUCCGGGAGCAGGACGAGGACGAGAGCGUUGCCGAUCAGUGGAAAUUUGCCGGGGCUGUAAUCGAUCGUCUAUGCCUGGUGGCGUUCAGCGUUUUCAACAUCAUAGGCACCAUCUCGAUCCUCAUGUCAGCUCCCAACUUUGUGGACGCCAUUUCAAAAGACUUUGUUUGAAAGCAAAGAGGAAAAAGGAGGAGGAGAAGCGUGGAAAAAGAAUGACGGAAUUUGAAUAAAGGAUGAAGGAUCGAGUGGGCCCAGAUCCAAGGAAACACAAUGUGCCGCGGGACUGUAGGCUCUGUGAAUUGUGAUUGCAAGGACCUUGGAAAUAGUACAACAAACUAAUGGUUUUCUUUGCAAUACAUUCUGUUUUGUAACCGAUAUACAAGAAGAGAUGAGGAAGGGUACAGAGUGAACUCAAAAUGAGAUUAGGGUGAGCAGGGUGCUUUAUCAGAUUAUUGACAAGAUGAAAUGGAUUCUUGUGGUUAUUUCAAAGACUUUACACACAAAAAUGAGGACAAAGAAAGAGUCACUAAGAGAAAAAGGAAGAGAAGAAUAUUAGUCCAGUAAUAAAGCUCCUAAAGCAAGAGAGAGAUUGAGAGUAAGAGGGAUAAGGAGACAGGCAGAUAGAUAAGACAUAUAUCUGUAGAAGACGGUUGGUCACUCCCACAUGUUGAGAACGGACUGCAUCAUUUAAAGUGGUGUAAGGAAGAGAGCGUCGGGAGAGGAUACAAAUCAUUUUUACAGACACCAAGGAAGCGAUGUUGAAUGAACGAGACCUCAUAGCUUGGGACAUUGGUUAGGAGGAGAAAACAGCUUGGUGCUCGGAUAUAUACAAUUGGACAGAAGGUGGGGUAGCAGAGAGGAUCUCAUCCAUUAUUCAAUCACAUUCAUCUAAUGACCGUCAAAUUGAAAGACCUUGGAUAAUCUUUAAGACUAAAACGCUUUUAAAAGAUGAUGUGCCCUCUCUGCUUGACGCAAACCACUUUAUAUUUCCAAGGCCUUAUCUCUUUGAGGCGAUUUAAUCCGCACCAAUCAGCAGAGAUCAAAAGCUCCUUCACAGCGGGCUCAGUGUGCAGCGCUUAUCCAGACCGGGAAACUGAAUUAACCGGUCUUAAACCACACAAUGGCCAGUAACUGCACCACAGUGGAGGCUUGAACCAAUAAUAACCAUGAAGCACUUACCUAACUGUAUCUGGCAGGUCCUAAUGGACCAACAGAUCUCAUUGGAUCUCGUAUUAUAGGUUUAAUAACUGAAAUGGGAGGUCAGGUCUUUAAAGAACAAGAGAGGGACAAAUUGAAUCGUUCAAAAUCCACAAUUUUAUAUGGAGAAGCAACAUCCUAUCAAAUUUAUGUCAGACACCUUCAAAAGGUUAUAGCUAAAUAAGGAUUUCACACAUAUCUAAAAUGAAAAAAAUGAUUUUAAUGGAGCUGUAUUUUCAUAAAAUUGAGUCCAGUCAAUAAAG